AUGUAUAUAUGCCUUCCCGAUUUCCUCGUGGGUGCGCCCGGCCCCGGCAGGUACUUCUAUUUCAACGACCUGCCACCGCCCACGCUGUUCAAGAUGGUGGCCAACCUGGACCACAUGGUCAUCCAGAAGUCCUACUGGCCUCGCCGCCCUCCUCUCAACCUCGCCGCCCGUCCUGCUCACCCUUGCUGCCCUUCCUUCUCACCCUCGCCGCCCUUCCUUCUCACCCUCGCCGCCCUUCCUUCUCACCCUCGCCGCCCUUCUUUCUCACCCUCGCCGCCCUUCCUUCUCACCCUCACCGCCCUUCCUUCUCACCCUCGCCGCCCUUUCUUCUCACCCUCGCCGCCCUUCCUUCUCACCCUCGCCGCCCUUCCUUCUCACUCUCGCCGCCCUUCUUUCUGCCUGUGGGGUGCUUCCCUCUCCUUUUUCUUCUCACCCCUAUUCUCCUGUCGCCUCCCACACAACCUCCCUCUCUUAUACCCUUGCCUUCUACACCCCCUCCCCUUUGACAACCCCCUCCCCUUUGACACCCCCCCCCCCCCUCCCCUUUGA